ACUAGGUUAAGUUAUUUGUUUUGAAUUUAAAAUUUUUCUAUAUAUUAGCUUAAAUAUGAAUGGUUCAAAUAUAGUUCAGUAUGUAGUUGUACGUAGCGAUUUGAUUAAAUCUUUAGAAUGGCCCGUUGGUGCAGUUAUAGCUCAAGCCUGUCAUGCAGUAACAGCCGUAACGCAUCUUUUUUAUGAAGACGAGCACACUCAACGAUAUCUUAAAGACCUAGAUAACAUGCAUAAAGUUGUAUUGGAAGCUUCCGAUGAAAAAAAUUUGAUAGGCCUCAAAGAUAAAUUAGAAGAAAAUAAUGUAAAACAUAAAUUGUGGAUUGAACAACCAGAAAAUAUACCUACCUGUUUAGUUGUGAAACCUUACCCGAAAGAAGAUAUUCAGAAGUAUUUUAAAAAAUUUAAAUUAUUUAAAACGUAACUCUAAUUGCUUUUAUAUAAUGAAAUAUAUUUUUGUUCAUUGAA